AGGUUCCAGUAGCUCUGCUCCCGUGGCUCGACGCGCGCCUACUCCAGAACGCCCCCCCCCAGUGUCUCUGUGAUAACCCUCCUUGUCGUAUUCAUGGCCCCUGUCACACUUAGCACAGUUCUGGUCCUUCUGCCAGUUCUGAUUUCCAUGGCGUCGCCACCUGUGCUGGCUCGGACCUUAGAAGAGGAGGAGUCCUUUGAAGAGGCUCUUUCUGCCUCCGCGAGCUUCUCUCCGCUGACAACAUGCUGCACCCGAGACCAGAAAAUGAAGACCAUCGGCAUUUCAGAUACCACGGGAGAACAGAUUGAGGUUGAUGUGGGCCGCUGCCGGCGACGAUGCGGAGGCAAGAGGCAACUGAAGAAACACGACGUGCAGCGCCUCAUGCUCGAGAAUCCUGACGUGGACCCACGUCUGCUGUUCCUGCUGCAUUCCACUCCCCGCGGAGAGCCUUCGUGUCCCGGGGAGGAAGUGUGCUCACCCUCAGCCUGGAGAGUGGAGAGGCUGGCCACUACGGAGGGGACAGUGAGUGUGACGGUGACAGAGAGUUGUAACUGUCACGCCCGUCCUCAUUCCUGCAGCCGUCAGCCGCGGCCUGUCACGCUCCACAAGGGCACACCUCUGCAGACCACGCUUGAUCUGGGAGACUGUCAGGGACACUGUCCACACGAGCUGGGCUGCAGGGCCACGAAGUCCAGAACAGUGGCAGUGGAGGGACCUAAUGGGUCAGAAUGUGUGACGGUUGUGGAUGAGUGCGGCUGUGAGGACGCUUGCUACCGCGCCUCGCUGCUGCAGCAUGUGUACAACUACACCUCACCAGACGCCCCUCAGGCUCAGGUGAUUGACGUCGGUACUUGCAUAGGGGAGUGUGACAUCGUUCCAGAAGAUCAGUGCGUGACCAGGGUAUCGAGCGGAGGCUGCCUCCUGUCCCUGGUCAGGAGGAACUCCAGGUGUUCCCCGAUAGGACUCGACCAGGUGUCGGUGACGCAGGAAGACGGCACCACCCGCACUCUAUAUACUGUGACUCGUUGUGGGUGCCUGUAACCGUUACGUGUCUCCCGUUGCUGGGUGCCGCCGCCCCCUAGCGACACACGGCCACGCAACCACGACCACCAGAGCAAGAUCAGUAUUGGAUUUUCUCCCAAAUAAUGACCAGGACUUCAUUACGCAAACAGAGCUGAAAUUAACUAGAGCCUCGGUUCCAAUAGAAUACAAAACAACGAGAAACUUGUUCAUCACGUGAAUCACGUGAAGAAACAUUCUUCAUCGAUCGCCACCAUCUUUUCAUUCAAAAACAGUGAUGUGACCACAACUUAAUCAAAUUCAGGCCCAUGCAUGUGCAAGUGUUCAGUCAAUUGUCAACUCUGCUGGUGGUUCAAACACCUGUCAUACUUUCUUCCCAACACAUGGAGGCUUCCCAUUUCAUGAAGUGGCCCCUUCACUAAGCUCCGUCAGAAGUGACUGACUUUCCACGAGGUUGCACUUUUAGAGUUUCUUUUCCAUAAGGCUUCUUGCAUAAGACUAUGACGUUCCAUUCCUCAUGAUGCUCCUUUUCCUGAGAUGUUCCCACACAAGCUUUCCCCUAAUAUUCAGUUCCUCAUCCAUGACACUCUCCUUCCUCCCACCACACUCUUCCAUGAGGCUCCUCUUUCCACGAGGCUCUCUCUUCCAUGACUCUCCCUCUUCCAUGAGGCUCCUCUUUCAUGAGGCUUCGCUUUCCACGAGGCUUUCCCUUCCAUGAGGCUCCCUCUUCCAUGAGGUUUCCCCUUCCAUGAGUCUUCCCCUUCCAUGAGGCUCCCUCUUCCAUGAGGCUUCCCCUUCCAUGAGGCUUCCCCUUCCAUGGAGCUCCCUCUUCCAUGAGGCUCCCUUUCCCAUGAGGCUCCCUCUUCCAUUAGGCUCCUUCUUCCAUGAGGCUCCCUCUUCCAUGAGGCUCCCUCUCCCAUGAGGCUUCUCUUUUCACGAGGCUCCCUCUUCCAUUAGGCUCUUUCUUCCAUGAGGCUCCCCCUUCCAUGAGGCUCCCUCUCCCAUGAGGUUUCCUUUUUCCAUGAGGCUCCCUCUCCCAUAAGGCUUACCCUUCCAUGAGGCUCCCCCUUCCAUGAGGUUUCCUCUUCUAUGAGGCUCCCCCUUCUAUGAGGCUCCCCCUUCCAUGAGGCUCUCUUUUCCAUGAGGCUCCCUCUUCCAUGAGGCUUCUCCAUCCAUGAGGCUCCCUUUUCCAUGAGGUUCUCCCUUCCAUGAGGCUCCCUCUUCCAUGAGGUUUCCUUUUUCCAUGAGGCUCCCUCUUCCAUAAGGCUUACCCUUCCAUGAGGCUCCCUCUUUCAUGAGGCUUCCCCUUCCAUGAGGUUCCCUCUUCUAUGAGGCUCCCCCCUUCCAUGAGGCUCCCUUUUCCAUGAGGCUCCCUCUUCCAUGAGGCUUCCCCAUCCAUGAGGCUCCCUUUUCCAUGAGGCUUCCCCUUCCAUGAGGCUCCCUUUUCCAUGAGGCGUCCCCUUCCAUGAGGCUCCCUUUUCUAUGAGGCUUCCCCUUCCAUGAGGCUCCCUCUUCCAUGAGGCUCCCUUUUUCCAUAAGGAUCCCUCUUCCAUGAGGCUUCCCCUUCCAUGAGGCUCCCUCUUCCAUGAGGCUUCCCCUUCCAUGAGGCUCCCUCUUCCAUGAGGCUCCCUUUUCCAUGAGGCUCCCUCUUCCAUGAGGCAUCCCCAUCCAUGAGGCUCCCUCUUCCAUGAGGCUUCUCUUUCCACGAGGCUAUGUCUUUUAUGAGAUUCCACUCUCUCCGUAAGGAAUUGUCUUAAAGGUAUUAUCAUAAAGUUGUUAUCUUAAAGUUACAGAAGCUUCUCAAUGCGCUCCGUUUUAUCUUAUUUUAUUUUUAUCUUCAUUUUCAACCACGAAGGAAGUUGAGGGCGCAGUAGCCAGCCACGGUGGGCUUUCCUUCCCAGUUCCGCACCCUCGAUGAGUAAACUGUACUGUGCCGGGAUGCUUACAGUCGCUGCUUAGGUUUUCAUGUUGUUAAGGUUAAGGUAUUAUCACAAGCAAGUGUUUUUUAGCGACAGAGUGCCGAUGACUUAAUGACAGGGUGAGCUGUGUUGUUACUGCUACACAAUUCUUCUUAGGCCCGUAUUCUGAAACCCUUUGCUCACUCACCAUCACUACUUUCCAAAGGCUCUUGUUGAAAAUAGUUGUGUUUUUAAGAGUAUUUUUAUGGUUCUGGUGAUAGAUUAGCAAGAUUUCUAGUUUAUCAUAAGGAUAAAUUAGAAAUUUGUCUUGAGAACCCGGCUAGUUGUCUCUGAGGCCUUGGGAAAUUGUCGUGGUGAAAAAGCAAGGUGUUUCUCAAUGGGGCCGUUUUUCUGCAUUAUCAAAAGCUAAUCUAUCAAUAUGACGCAAUAGAAGGUUUACUAUGUGUCGACUGUUGUUCAUCCUGAGGGUGAGUCGCUCAAAACCUAUUCCUUUCCGAUAAUCACUUAAUUACUUUAUUCAGCAGAGCAAUAUACAUAUUAUUGACUAUUUAUUAUGCACUUUAUUAAAUACUCAUUGAUUGGUA